AUGGUAAAAUACGGUGCUCCUGUGGAACCUCCUUAUGUUCCUCCUCCUACUCCAGUCUGUAAACCUUCUCCAUCUGUUCAGACGCCUUCUCCUAUAGUCCCUCCUGGUUGCAUGUAUACUCCAGGAUCUUCUUCCUCUAUUCCUUUGCAGAAUUUCCCUGGUCCUGCAGAUUAUUGUCCUGAUUCUCAUGGUGUAAGACAUGUGUGGAAAGUCAAAUCUCCUGUCUUGCCCACAGGCCAACAAAAAGACAUUUCUCAAGCAGAAGCUGCUUUAAAUUGGCAGAAUGAGAAUGCCAUCGUUCAAAAUCAGUACCUUGAAUGUAUCCUUGCUUCUACACAGCACACCCAAGGCACUUUUCUUGAGGCCCAGUUACACAGUUUACAACAAGCUCCACCUCAAGCAGCAACAUCCAGUAGACAGCAACCUUUACCUCUGGCAGUUCCAAGUAUUUCAUCUCAAGAUCCUUUUUCCAUUUACGCUACCCUGGCUCCUCCAGUAGUUCCUUCUCCCAGAUCCUUCCCUUUUGAAGAACUGAAAGCUCUACAGCGUCAACAACGCAACCUGAAGAAUAUUGCUCCCAGGCAACAGCCCAGCAAAUUACCUUUGGAAAAACCUUUUCCUCCACCCUUUCAGCUUUAUCCCAUGACCGUAACCUACCCUGCACCAUCACCUCCUAUCCCUACCUAUCCAUCCCCUUCAUCCUCACCUCCUAAAACUAAAUCCAAACAUCCUCCCAUAGGUGCUAUAACCCCUUCCGGCAAUGAUGUGUUAUCUGACCUUCUCACCACCCUAGCCCUUCAUGACUCUCCCUCUCUUCUCUCUUUCAUGAAUACAGGUCCGGAGCCACCUCCUGUCCCUUAUUCUGCACCUCCGUAUGUUGAUGAAAUGGAUGGUGAUCAGGAUGACCCUAUGGUUCAUAAUCCUGAAAUUCCUCACCCUCCUCCUGGUCCAACCUAUGCCCCUUUUCAGAACCAAGAUCCCAAGCAGUUCUUUACCUUGGAUGAUGUCCCUAUUUCCAAAUGGGCUUCCAAUGUUUUGACUAAGUUUGUUGCUCGACUACAAGGCAAACUCCGAGAAUGGUACUUAGAUCUUGGUGGUUACAGACAAUUGCAACUUGUUCAACUCCCUGAAGACCACUUCAUCACAGUUCUAUAUCAAGAAUUUCUUGGUCCUGUCUUGAAUGAUAUUACAAAAGCUCGAGUUUUCUCUCAUGAUGUACACACCAAACCGGGCUCUGCCCAUAAUGCAUUAAUCAGGGCUUUAAAUAGCCAAAACUUACAAGACAUGUGGGACUAG